UGAAAGAAAAAGUAAAAGCCCUUUUACGACCUCAAUGCACAUAUUGUGAAGCUAACGCCCCUUCAAAAUUCAUACCAUGUGGACAUACUCUCCUGUGUCAUGAAUGUUAUAUCAAAAUUGCUCGUGAAAAAUGCCCCACUUGUAAACAAUGUAUUGAGGGAAGUGAGCCUCAAAUGUCGAGAGGGGACGUACUGAAGACAUCACAGCAAGUUGAUUCUCAAAAGCUGGAGGAGAGGGACCUCCUUAGGGUGGCACGUCUGUUAGGUAGUGAAUGGUGGCAAGUGGGCAUUUUCUUGGGAGUUAAAAGUGUCAAACUGGGACAUAUCCGGCAUGACUUUUCUGGUAACGUUCAAGAGCAGAUCUUCCAGAUGCUGCUCUACUGGUCAACACAUUGUGAUCCGCAGGAAGUUACGGUGGAUACAUUGAGGGCAGCUCUUGUGGAUGCUGAGUCCUUCGCUGCACUCAAACGUCUAUCAUUACAUGAGUGAAUUGUUUUGUGCAUGUUGUUUAGUCACCAGAUCAACCAUGACCAAACAAUGAUCUAUGAUCAAAUGUCUCCCAGCCGGGACCAUCCUGUCUUUAUUGCUAAUGUAGAAAACUCAGAACCGCAUUGUCCCACUUGUCCUACCUUAAGAUGAUGAAGUGUGUAAAUUUGGUAAAUUUGGUUAUUAUUUCUAGCAGAUCUGUCAACCUAAUAGAGAUCACUUUGCUGGUUUGGCUCCUUUAUUAGUAAUUAACUUUUUAAAAAAAGAUAAACUUUGAAAUGUU